CCAUUAAGCUCUCUCUCUCUCUCUCUCUCUCUCUCUCUCAUAUGGCGGCCAUGAGCAACGAGAUGAAGAAGACGACUUGUACAAGUCUCAGAGCCAUGCAUACGACCGAUUCCCUCCCCCUUUGACAUUCCAAUGUUACCCACCACCACAUUUAUUUGCAAAUACAGCCUAGACGCCACCUUGUUCUACUACUCCUUUCUCUUUCUUACACAACCCUCCAUUAAACCUCUCUCUAUCUUGGUUUUCGUGUUCCACUUCGACUUUUAUUAAAGCCCGUUAUCUCUCUCCCACUCUCUCUCUCUCUCUUUCUCAUUCCAAGAACACCUAGCUAGAGUCCUAGAGAAAGAGGGUGAAGAAGGAACCAAAAAAAAAAAAAAAAAAAAAAAAAAGAGAGCUUCAUUUAAGCACUUUGAGAUCUGGGUUUUGUGAAUUUAGUGUUGGGUUUCAAUUUUUUUUUUUCUUUCUAUUUUUCUGCUCCUGUGAUUUUCUUGUGGUAAGGAUAUUUUUAUAUUCUGGGUUUUGGUUAUUUUGUUGGUGGGUUGGAGAUCUGGAAGUGAAAAAAAUGGGUAGUAGAUGGAGGAAAGUAAAGCUCGCACUGGGAUUGAAUCUUUGUGUGUAUGUUCCAAGAACUCUAGAGGAUUCACCUCCUUCUUCCAUUGAUUCAGCUGAGAGAUUGUCUGAUGCUGCUCUGCUUUCGCCGGCUAACUGGGCUAUGGGUUCGUCUAGGCCCACUACACCAAUCCCAUCUUCACACGGCUUGAAGCUCUCUAAAAGUGGAAGCAAAUCGUCCAAGCAAACAUGCUCAAUAUGCUUAACCAAAAUGAAACAAGGAUGUGGCCAUGCUAUUUUUACUGCAGAAUGUUCACAUUCUUUUCACUUCCACUGCAUUGCCUCAAAUGUAAAACAUGGCAACCAAAUUUGCCCAGUUUGUAGGGCAAAGUGGAAAGAAAUCCCAAUACAAGGUCCAACUUUGGAUCCUAUCCCUGGGAGGGCAUCAAUUGGUCCAGUAGGUUGGCCUCAAAAUGAUGCUUUGAUGACUGUUGUCCGCCGAAUACCUACCCCUCGACGAGAUUUAAAUCGGCGGCACGUUGUGCCUCUGUAUCAGGCUCCUGAGCCAGGCAUAUUUGAUGAUGACGAAUCCUUGGAUCACCAACCUGUGUUUUCUGAGAGAAAUUCUUGCAAUAAAGAUGCUGCAGAUAACAAACCCUUCAGAACAAUAAAAAUCAAAUCAUAUCCAGAAGUUUCAGCUGCUCCAAGAUCCAAUUCUUAUGACAAUUUUACAGUUUUAGUUCAUCUCAAAGCUGCUGCAACAAGUUCAAGACAUAAUCAUGGCAGAACUCAAGCUAGCCUUCCACAAUUUUGUCAAACUCCCCGUGCUCCUGUUGACCUAGUCACAGUUCUUGAUACUAGCGGUAGUAUGGCAGGUACCAAGCUUGCAUUGCUGAAGCGAGCAAUGGGAUUUGUUAUACAGAAUCUUGGAUCCAAUGACAGGCUUUCAGUUAUUGCAUUCUCUUCAACAGCACGUCGCCUCUUUCCUCUCCGUCGAAUGACAGAUGCUGGACGGCAGCAGGCACUGCAGGCUGUUAACUCUCUGGUUGCAAAUGGUGGAACCAACAUUGCUGAAGGUCUAAGAAAGGGCGCAAAAGUAAUGGAAGAUCGAAGAGAAAGAAAUCCUGUUGCCAGUAUUAUACUGUUGUCUGAUGGGCAGGACACUUACACUGUCAGUUCUGGGGCUAACCAACCUCAACCAAAUUACCAGUUACUUCUCCCCUUGUCUAUUCAUGGUGGUAAUAACACAGGAUUCCAGAUUCCAGUCCAUGCAUUCGGAUUUGGUGCAGAUCAUGAUGCUUCAUCAAUGCACUCAAUUUCAGAGAUAUCUGGAGGAACGUUUUCUUUCAUUGAGACUGAAGCUGUCAUCCAGGAUGCAUUUGCACAGUGCAUUGGGGGUCUUUUGAGUGUUGUGGUGCAAGAACUGCAAGUAGCAAUUGCAUGUGUUCAGCCUAGCCUUCAACUUAGAUCGCUAAAAGCUGGGAGUUACCCAAGUCGUGUGAUGGAUGAUGGAAGGACAGGAUCUGUUGAUGUUGGAGAUUUGUAUGCAGAUGAAGAGAGGGAUUUUCUAGUUUCUCUUAGUGUCCCAUCAGAGUCUUCGAGUGAUGGAACAUCAUUGCUGAAGGUGAAAUGUGUUUACAAAGAUCCUUUCACCAAAGAAAUGGUGACAUUAGAAGGUGAGGAAGUUAGGAUUGAAAGACCUGAAAUAGCUGGGCAAGAAGUAGCAUCAAUAGAAGUGGACCGGCAGCGCAACAGGCUCCAGGCUGCUGAGGUGAUGGCAGAGGCAAGAGUUGCUGCUGAACAGGGAGACUUAGCUGGUGCUGUUUCUAAACUUGAAAAUUUUCGAAGGAUGUUAUCAGAGACUGUUUCAGCAAAAUAUCGGGAUAGACUAUGUGUUGCACUAGAUGCUGAGCUGAAGGAGAUGCAAGAGAGGAUGGCAAGCAGACAUGUUUAUGAGGCAUCUGGGAGGGCAUAUAUUCUUUCUGGUCUGAGCUCACACUCAUGGCAAAGAGCAACAGCAAGAGGUGAUUCCACUGAUGGCUCAAGUCUUGUUCAGUCAUAUCAAACCCCAUCAAUGGUUGAGAUGCUUACUCGAUCUCAGGCUACAUUGUUGGCUAGUCCAUCAGCCCAGAGGCUUGUACAACCAUUAUGGUCAUCAGGAUCACAACCAAAGCCAAGGUAGAUUUGCUCAAGUUAUCAAUGGUUUUUCUGGUGCUUUUCCAUUUUGUCCCUUUAAAAAUUAGAUCUGUCUUGGGGAGGAAGAUAAGUUGAAGAAUUGCGGAAAGGUUUCUUGGGCUGUCAUUUUGCUCUUGCCUUGUAUGUUGUAAAUGAAUAAAUAGUGGGGAAAUGGUGAAAAGGAUAUAUUUGGGAAGGAAACAAGAAAAGGAACACUAGGUAGGAAUUACCACAUGAUGUCUUUUUUGAUUGUGUUGUUGGGUGGUGUACAUAAAGAGCAAUGAGCAAUGCUUUUUUUUUUUUUUUUUGGUCUCUCUUGAGGGAAAUGGGUAUAAGUUUGUAAUUGUGAAAAAGGAUCUUUCACCUGAUAUAUAAUUUGCCUGCUCUCAAUUCUUUUGA